GGGCUUGUAUGUACCCCAGCCAGCCCCAUUCCCCCCUCCUGUGAGCCGUGUGCCUGCUCUCCCCCCUCCCGCCUCCUCCCCGCAGCUGCCGCUUGUUGCUGGGGAGGGUGACGUCAUCGCUUCCGCCCCGCUUCCUCUCUGUCUCUCUCCUCCUUGUCCCUGCGGCGGCGGCGGCGGGUGAGAGGCUGCGCACACCGACAGGCACAGCGCACUGCGAGACAGGCACCGCGGCAGGCAGCAGCAGGGGAGCAGCCGGCAUGGAGUAACCGGAGAUGGGGCUCGGACGGGGCCACCACCAGCAGCCACACGGGCGGGGCGCAACGGCAGCCGCCUGCGGGCUAUAACCCGGUCCCCACGCACCGGAGGAGGACUGUGCGGGGCACCGCUAUCCAUGCUAGACCUGCAGCCCCCUUCUCCCCGCACCCAAGGAAGGAUGAGCUGCACGGAGCCCCCCGAGGCGGGAGCCAGACGGUGAUCAGGACAAGAUGAGCGAGGAAGCCCCCCCGGAGGAUGACAACUACAUAGUGCGUGUGAAGGCUGUGGUUAUGAGCAGGGAUGACUCCAGCGGGGGUUGGUUACCACAUGAAGGCGGUGGAAUCAGUCGGGUUGGAGUCUCCAAAGUUUACCCUGAGGGCUGCGGGAGAAGUGACUUUCUUAUUCAUGGAGAACGAAUAAAAGAUAAGCUGGUGUUAUUGGAAUGCUACUUAAAGAAAGACUUGGUGUACCAGAAGGCGACUCCAACGUUCCAUCACUGGUCUGUGGACGAGCGGAGGUUCGGCCUCACCUUUCAGAGUCCCGCCGAUGCGCGAGCUUUUGACCGAGGCGUGCGCAAAGCAAUUGAAGACCUCACAGAAGGAUCCACUACAUCUUCUUCUACAAUUCAUAACGAGGCUGAACUAGGGGACGAUGACGUUUUUGCAACUGGCACCGAUAGCUCUUCGAACUCCUCACAAAAGAGGGAGGCACCAAUGAGGAUGACCGCUGGCACCGAUAGCUCCUCGAACUCCUCACAGAAGAGAGAGGCACCAGUAAGGACUAUCUCAUCUCCUCUGAUGGGCCGGCAUUGUCGAUACAGCACCCUGAGCCAUAUUGAUCCCUAUAGCUUGGAACACUAUUCUCCAGAACAAUCAUUGCCUAGACAGCCUCGACAUGUUAGCUUUCCAGAUGACGACGAUGAAAUUGUCCGUAUUAACCCAAGGGAAAGAAACUGGCUCACUGGUUAUGAGGAUUACCGCCAGGCACCGAUUUACCGUAAAUACCCAGAUACUGAGAAUGCUGACUCCUAUGUUCGGUUUGCCAAAAGUGAAUCUUCAAAACAUGAUUACAACUACCCUUACGUAGACCACACAGACUUUGGCACGUGCAAGGACUUAAAGGGCCCAGUCAUAAACACACAACCUAGUCGGUGCAAGCCCAGGAGAAAAGAUGGGGAAAGAUCCAGAUGUGUAUAUUGCAGGGACAUGUUUAACCAUGAUGAGAAUGGCCGGGGACAAUGUCAGGAUGCCCCAGAUUCAGUCCGAACCUGCAUCCGCCGGGUCAGCUGUAUGGGAUUUGCGGACUGUGUUCUUUACCACUGCAUGUCUGACUCAGAAGGAGAAUACACAGAUGCUUGUUCUUGUGACACAAGCGAUGAAAAGUUUUGCCUCCGGUGGAUGCUGCUCGUACCUUUGUCAAUCAUUGCUCCUGGCAUGUGCUGUUACCUCCCACUACGGGCUUGCUAUAACUGUGGUGUCAUGUGCAGGUGCUGCGGCGGCAAGCACAAACCAGUGGGGUGACCAUGUACAAGUUCUGUUGUAUGUUUCUUGUAACAGUUUGCUAGGAAGUGUUUGAUGUGAAACACUCCCAGACUUGGGUGGCAUGUGCCCAAGCCCGCUGUACCUAGGCACAGCGAUUUCAGUAAACUACUUUUCAGCUUCAGAGAGAUGUAAUACUAAAAAGUAGCAAGCAGGCAUUUAAGCAAAUUUAAGCUGUAUGAUUGGGAGGUGGAGAUGGUCUGCUGAGCCAUUUUGGCAGUGCAAUGUCACCUGUAAAUAGUCUUGGCACUUCCAGAAAUGUGGUAUGCAGGCUCCAUAUUUAAAGGGGAGUCGGAUUAUGGGACCUUGCAGGGCCCUGGAAUGAAAAGGGUUAAUGUGGAACUAAUGCAUAUUUUAAUCUGCAACCAGGUAUUCUGUGCUUAUAACAUAGGGUAACAACAGCCCCAUAAUGCAGUAUUGCUAUUUCUCUAUUAUGCCAAAACCAAUUUAUUUAUGCAUAUGUAGUAUUUGAUGUCCAUUACCAUUUCUUUCUUUCUUUUUUUUUCUUCUUCUUCUUUUUAUCCCCUCUCUCUUCUGGUUUUUGUAUUUUUCUGUCCUGAAUAAGUAUAGUUAGUAGCUAUUCCAGAUUUUCUUAAUUUAUAUGGGAAGCAUUAAAUAUAGUCUGUACACUCCUAAGUUACAUAAACAAAAUUUGCACAGUACUUUUAAUUAUAGGGAUUUUAUUUCAUGCUGCCAUAACAAUAAGGCAUUUUGAAUUUUGCAGUGAUUUUAUAACCUCCUGCAGCUGUGGGCACCCUAUAAUCAUAGUAACUACAGCGCGGUGUGUUCCCCCUACAGUCAUUGUGAUGUUAUUACUUAUAUCUUAUUGGUAAUGGUAUGGGAUGCCCAAUUCUUUCUAUAAAUAAGUUAUUUGUGCUUUAUUUCAUUUGCAUUUACUCUUCAUUUUAUUGUUUCAGGUCUGUGUGAAUCCUUUUUUUUUUUUUCCUCUUUUGUUUUUAUAGCAAAACACUAACAUAUUGAUACAGUAGUAUGUCAGGCAGACAAAAUGUAAAAUGGCAGUUGCAUAAAAAAAGCUGUUGUAGAUAGAACUUAUUUUAUUCUGUGUUUGUGAAGUUACUCAAUCUGUGUUUGUGAAGUUACUCAACCUUUUCAUGCAGACGUACCAGGCAGAAUGUAGGUAUAAUUAUACACAUACAGCUAAAAUACUUAGUUCUUACAUUAAAGAGAACUUUGUAACAUUCACAGUACUCUAUGUAAACAUAUACCUAUUUACAGCUUAAGAGACUUUAAACUGUAGUGACUAAUUUCUCCACAAACGGAAGACACGUUCCUUUGUACUGCUGUCUUUUGUGAUGAGUUCAAAACAAAAUGUCCUGCCUCAAACAUCACAUAUUUUAAAUGCAGUCUAUUUUUGCUAUCAUUUUUUUUUUUUUUAAUCUUUUAAAGAAGAUCAAAUGUCACAAAAUGCACUUUUGUGUUAACUUGAUGUUAUUUGAAAAUUCUCUAUUUUUUUUAUUUUCCUUUUUCUCCUUGCCCACUUUCUAGGAAGGCUUCUUGUACCGUACUCUCCUUAUAUUUGUUGCCCAGCAUUCAGAGAGAGCUGAUUGCUCUGCGCUGGUACCGGAUCAUUAGAGUUCCUGGGUUAUAGCUUCUUUACUACUAAUCCUAGUUAUGUGUGGCACAUUCUAGUAUACCAUAUUAUAAUAGGCUGCCAUUAAAUAACACAUUUAUUAUCAAUUAUAGGUGGUGUGGAAGCUCAAAGCUAAGAAAUUAAUUGAACAUCAGAGGAAUCGGUCAUAGCUACACUACAGCAAAAGUCCACGCAACGGGUUACAAUCAACUAGUCUGGCAAUUGGGUAGUGAUUGCAUAAAAGCUUGAGUACAUGACCCCUUUAUCUAGGACUACAAUAUAGUGAAGUGAAGUUGAAUUCUAUUCCAAUGCUAACCACACACAUUACAACCCUGUAACUUGUAGAGUAUAAGCGAUAGGAUUACUGUCCACAGGUGGCAACAAUAUUUCUAGUAUCAGAAGGGCCUGUCAGUUCACUCUUAAUGCACACAGUCCAAGUGUGGUCACUUUCCCACUAAUAUUUCGAACAUGCCCAAUAAUUUAUCCCAUCAAUUUCAGUUAGAAAAGAUAUCACGCAUUUGAAGCUAUAUCGGGCCAGCUGAUGAACAUCACAGUGUGUGUUUGGUACAAAACGUAAACUUGGAGAAACUUGUAGUUUGUAGUACAUACUGAUUUUCUUCAUUUUUGUUAACUCACAUUAACUACAUUUUGCAGACAUUAUGUAGAGCAAAUACUCAUUUAUUAUAGAAGAAAAGAUACUUGUUUGUGUGUACCCUAGUGCCAGCAGAACCAUUGGGAAGGGAACAUAAGGAAGUGUAUUAUACAAGGUAGCUAUGUAGCUGGAAAACCUUGGAGGAGGGGUAUUCACUUUAUCCGGCACCACUCUACUACAAGCAUCACAAAUUUAGUCUCACCCAUUAGAUAUUGCUGUUACUGUCAUUAUCAGUGAUUUGCUCAGCCGUACAUCAACGGUAAUUGAAUACACUUUAAAAUCUAGUGUUGUCUAAUAGACAUUCCCACCGUUCAUUAAAGUAAGAGAAACUUAAUACCUGUUUUUUUCUGAAUUAGCAAAGACCUUAAAGUGCUGUGCAGUAACCAUAGCACUACAAGUACCUGGGAAGUCUCCUUGUUUAAGGCAAAUUGCCAUCGCGUAAUACAGAUUGACAUCUUUUUGCAUGCAUUGUCAACCUUGCUAACACACAGCCGCUCACUGGUAGUUUAUAUGUAAGAGAAGCAUUUACAUUGUCAUGUCUUGAGUGAAAACAAAGUGCCACGAUAGCACCAACUAGUAGAUAACCUGUGGAGGUUUCAUAUUAGCGCCAUGUUUAGUGGUCUGUAAAAUAAAGCUCUACGGUUACCUUCAGUCAUAGAAGAAAGCUGGUCCCUCCACCCCCUAACACGGGUAGAGCUACUGAAAUACUCCCUCUUAAUGCAGCCAAUUGAGUGCUGUUAGCCAAUAACUGCACAGUCUGUCAUUGCAGGCAGUUAUUGGCCUAACAGCUUUUCAGCCGGUGCUGCUUAACAGAUAAUAAACAUUGGGGGUCUUAGGUUGUUUUUCAUUUUGGCCCCAUUCAUCUAGCAAUUUGUAUGCACAACACCUAAACCGGUCAUCUAAAUUCACUACAUGUGCGGACAGCUGCAGCCUGGCAGGAGCUUAGAUACAUUUAUAUAAACCAUUUUAGUUAUUCCAAAUAUAAUUUUACAUUUAUGGUUUGUUUUGUUUUUAAGCCUUAGACUGCAGUAUUUUGACACAUUGUCCUGCUUCUCAUGUUUUAACACUAAUGUUCCUUCACCCAGUAUGGCCUAUUGUGCAUCACGCUGUACUAUCCAAGGAACAGAGGUAUGGCCCUUACAACUGUGCAAUGGUUUCUAAAACAUUCUCAUUAUCAAAUGUCUAUGUGAAAAGGUAUAGAACCGAUUGGCACCCUGUGUCUAGCUAUUGAGGAACUACAGGUCCCAGCAUGUCCUGCCAGCCUGCUAAAGCACUUGUAACUCAGCAACAGCUUAGAGAGCCACAUGUUCCACAAGCCUGGUAUACAGUAUACUGUAUAUACUGCUGUAAUAACAAUGCACUUUUAGCAUCAGAACCGUGUAGUUUGCAGCUUUGGUACAUAUAGACAAAACAUAACACUUAAAUUGUACUGCGCUCAUUAAUGUCCUGUAAAUAAUAGGGAUGUGGAAACAAAAGGAAAGCUUACUUUUUUUUUGGGGGGGGGGGGAUCUUUUUUUUUUUUUUAACAAAAAAUAUAUUGCGAGAGUAGCCAAAUAAUUUUUGUAUCUUAAAAAUAAAAUAUAAUUAUAUAUAUAUAUAUCUUGAGAUAGCUCUAGCUUACUAGCAUAGUACAAUCUGAAUAAUAUGAGGCAAUUGGGGACUGGCUUCCUAAAGUUGGCAUUUCUGUUCCUGCCAUAACUUCUCCUUGCAGUAAAUAGCCAGCAGGUGCGUGCCUUUCCCCCUUCCUCUAAUUGCACAUUGACACUAGUCUUAAGUAAAUUUUUUACAGCAAGUAGAUUUGAUUUGAAUCAUGAUUUCCCAUUAAUAAAGUAACUGCAUAGAGAAGUUCCUUUUAACUCAUGUAUUGCCGAAGUGGUUUUGUUUUGCUGCGCAUCACAGGUCCUGUAAUAUGAAAUUGGAUUCUUUCAUGUGGAUGUGGUUAUGCUGGUGUUUAAACAUUUAACCUAUGUUUAGGCAGCAUGUGUGUCUCCAGCUGUUCACCUACUUCUUCCCACAUGUUAUACCAGUGGGCGAUCCACAUGUUGCCUGCUUCUACAUUAACACUUUAGCUGCCAAAGUGAAGAGUUUUUUUCUUUUCUUUUAUUUCCCCUAUGGCUUAGGUCACUGAGGAAAUGCAUUUGCUGUAUUGUGUUUUAGAGUUGCAGACUUCAUUGGUCCCUCUCACAACUGUACCAAAUACAGCGGUCUUUGGUAGAGGUACAGUACAGUGCACAUGAAAGGUGCACGUUCUGUUCUUGGUGCAUGUCCUACGGGGAAGUGAGAACAGCAGCACAAACAAAACUUGCUUACAAGUGCGAGUGGGUAAAAUCUCCCUAUGUUUAACCAUAUAUGUCCUGCUUAUACAAGAUUUUGAAACUUAAAAACUAAGGGGUUGAUUUGUCAAAUGGAGAGACAGGCAUUGCCUAUAGCAACCAGAUUCUGGCAACCAUCUUUCUAACCUGUUUUGCAAAAUAAAAGCUGGAAUUUUGUUGAUGUUAAGUAACACCUCCACUUUUCUUGUUUUGUUUGGGAUUUGAUUGUAAAUCUACCCCUUAGUGUUUUGAACUAAAAAAAAAUAAAAAAAUAUUCCAAACAUUCAUGCGCGCCAUUAAAAAGUUCAUUAAAAAAAAAAAAGGAAACGGAAAACACUAAAUGGAUUAGAUUUUUGGAUUGUCGUCAGCAUUUGUACCAGAAUAUUCUCUUCAGUAUUCCCAUAGUAUAAGAGACAUUGUUUGUCAAUUGGUUUCCAGAAGGGUUACCUGAAGGAAUGACAACCUUUGGCACUACAGUGAUUGCCUUGUUGGCAUCUGCCAUGGAGCUCAGCCAGCCACUUGUUUAGUUUAAAAAAAAGGUCAUACUUUAAAAAUAAAACCUUUUCCUACAAAUAAUAUAAUGGAGGAAAUAAAGUGUCAAAGACAAUCAAAUUUUGGGAGAUGCACCCUAUCGCCUAAAUAGCCGUCAUUUAGACCUGGAAUGUUAAUGCUGCUGAUACUCAUGUCCAUAGCCAACGCUUUGGCCUCCCUGUUGCUGCUCUCAACACAAAAGGUAAUCGGACCGUUUGGAAGAUGUUUAGAGCUUGAGGGGGAACGUUUUAUAUAUAUAUAUAUAUAUAUAUAUAUAUAAUCCGUGAGCAGAGUUCUUUAACUUUUAAUGUGGGCUAUAAGUUGACCAAAUGGUUUGUGUUCCACAGAAAGAACAUUGAAUAUUCUAUUCCUUUUAAACACUUUGUCUGGUCCUCACUCUGAUCAGAGACCCUUUUUUUUAUUUUUUAUUUCUAUCUGUGGUAAGGGAUUAACCUCUUUGUUCACGGUUAGUGUCUUGAACAUAUGUUUUUUUUGUUUUUAUUUUCUUUCUUGCAGCUAUUGCUCACAUUAACAAAUGAAAGUGCCUAAACAGUAUAUUCAUUAUGUAUCUGUAUACUAAAAAGUAAAACAUGUUGUAGUAAUUUUUUAUAAGCAUUUUUACUUGUGUAAAAAAAGAAAAACAAAAAAGCCUAUACAUACAAGUGUAAUGAUGUACAUUUUUAGUUAACUUUUUUAAUUGUUUCUAAUAUGUAUGAUCAACGUAGUUACUGCUUUACCAUGUAAAUACAAAUACAUAAUAUGAAAAAUGUUUGUCUUAAGUUACUUUUUAUUGACAAAUCUCAAAUGUUUGGUGACUAUUAAGUUUAUGUACAAAUGUAUAGUAAUUUUAGGUGCCUCUUCUAUUGGCAACAUGUACUGAAGUUGCAAUAAAGUGUAAGCACUCUGACUUAAAA